CUUCACACCAAGUACUUUCCGUGUCCCAAACCCAUGGGGGCAGCCUUACCAGCCACAAAUGUGUCUGGGAUGGUGGCAGAUGGUUUAGGCCUGGACAAGCGACUGUGCCGACAGAGCUACGAAGAUGGCAGUGAAUACUACGGCCAGUUCGUGAAGCGCCAAUUUCAUGGCCAGGGGCGGAUGCGAUGGAACUGCGGUGAUGGUUUGGUGGAUGAGUACAAUGGUUUCUGGGAGAAUGGCAAGAUGCAUGGCCAGGGUGUCUACAAGUACUGUAAUGGUACAAGAUACCAAGGUGAGUUCAAAGAAAACCUCCGGGAGGGCUAUGGCGUCUUGACGUUCACCGAUGGCAGCCUCUAUGAAGGCGGCUGGCGAGAAGAUGUGCCUGAGGGCGAUGGUCGAGUGAUCUACUCCAAUGGCGAGAUCUUGAACACGACCUUCCGAGCUGGGCAGCAAAGUAUGGAAAAACUCGAAAGUUUGGUCAAGGAAUCGGUUCCAGAAGCACCUCCUAUGGCUCUGGAAUUUGCUGCUGGUAGUGGCAUCGUGAACCCUGCCCUUAAAGACGCGCCGAAGACGGAAGCUGCACAACCAGCGCCGCCGCCGCCGCCACCGAUCACGGGGCUCACUGGGGAUGUGGCCUUGGCGCUGGAGGGAGCUCGACUUCCGAUCCUGGCACUGACCAACUUGCCACCACCACCGCCCCUGAGAACGGCAAAGGCCCCUCUUCCGGUGAGGCCGCCCACCGAAACAGUGACAUCACUCAAGUCUGAGCCAACGGCAAGUCCGCCCUCAGGAUCGGCAGAUUGAUGAUUUUAGGUUGUGAAGUUUUUCG